AUGCCUCUCGAAAUGCCCCGUGUCGCACCGCGACGCAAGCAACAUGGUCGGCACCACCACGCCCAUACGGCCGCAGCCGCGCCGUGGACCGACGUGGAAGACCAUGCCCACCGCAACCGAAGAGGCGACAACGAAGACGACGACGACAGCGAUGAAAGCUCUGGAUACGACGACGACGAGCGGACGCAGCGCACUGACCGCCACGGCCAUGGCGAUGGCGAAGACGACGACGGUUGCUGCGCACCGUUGGCGGCGAUGACGAAACCCGUCGAGGUCGGCGAGCUGGGCUCGUACGGCUAUGCCGGCGAGGCAGCUUUUUGGAUCUGGCCGUUGUUUGGGCCUCUGCUGUUCGAAAACACAAGUAGUGAUGCGCGCGACGGCCUGGCCAACGAACGAACCUUUCUCUCGUACCUCCGCCUUUCCGUGACAAUGGCCGUUGUGGCCGUAGCCAUUGUCCUGUCGUUCCAUCUCAAAAACCAACCGUCACCACUGGAACUGCGGAUGGCCCGGCCGCUUGGCAUCAUCUUCUGGCUCCUUUCGGUUCUGACUCUAUUCGUGGGCGUCGCCAACUACAUCAAAACGGUCAACAAAUACAGCCGUCGGCAGGCUAUCGUCCAGUCCGGCUGGAAGACGCAGUCGAUCAUGGCUGCCGUGGCGCUCGCCAUUCUCGGUUCGUGCGUGACGCUUUUGGUUAUAAACCGGAUAAGCGAGAACUAA